CACAGUCACACACUCUCAACUCUCUCUCUCUGUCUCUCUCUCUUUUUCUCUGUCUCUCUCUCUCUCUCUCAAAUGGAACCCAAUGAAAACCAACUCACCUCCUACUACCACCACCACCAACAUCAACAUCAGCAUCACCAGAAUCCCACUUCCUCACCCACCAAUGGCCUCCUGCCACCUGGCGACACCGUAAGUGGGGCCCACCUCGUUUACCCUCCUCCUCCUCCUCAGUCUCACCCCCCCUCCUCCUCCUCCGCCGUAACAGCUACUACUGCUACCACUGCCACCACCGCCACCGCCGUUGCCACUGCGAACACUAACGCUAACAGCACUGCACCCAACACGACGCCGUCUUCGGGCCUAGAGGGGAAGAGAAAACGAGGCAGGCCGAGGAAGUACGGGACCCCGGAGCAAGCCCUCGCCGCUAAAAAGGCCGCCGCCGCAGCAAACGCCGCCGCUCAACAACAACAACAACAACAACAGCACCACCACCACCACCACCACCAACAGCAGCAACAAACGACGUCGUCUCACUCGACUUCGUCUUCUAAAGAGAGGAAAGAGCCUCACUCUCUGUCUUCCAAGAAAUCUAACCUUCUCGCUUCUGGCAAUGCAGGGCAAGGAUUUACACCACAUGUUAUUUCUGUAGCUGCUGGUGAGGAUGUGGGACAGAAGAUUAUGAUGUUCAUGCAACAAAGUAAGCGUGAAAUAUGUAUUUUGUCAGCAUCUGGUUCAAUCUCUAAUGCUUCUCUGCGACAGCCAGCAACUUCUGGAGGCAAUAUUACUUAUGAGGGUCGGUUCGAGAUUAUUUCAGUGUCUGGAUCUUACGUACGUACCGAGCUUGGAGGGAGAGCCGGCGGGCUCAGCAUUUGUCUAUCUAGUACAGAUGGCCAAAUUAUUGGAGGAGGUGUUGGUGGACCACUAAAAGCUGCAGGCCCAGUACAGGUUAUUGUUGGUACAUUUAUGCUCGACACCAAGAAGGAUGUCAAUGCGGGUAUGAAAGUUGAUGCUUCUGCCAGUAGAAUGGCAUCACCAGUUGGUGGGGCAUCAGUAUCAAGUAUAGGGUUCCACUCAGCUGUUGACUCAUCUGGAAGUCAUUUCAUGAUUCAGCCUCGGCCCAUGCAUGUGACAACUUCACGGCCCACAGAUUGGAGGGGUGGUCCUGCUGCUGGUUAUGAAUUGACAGGAAGAACAGGUCGUGGAGCACACCAAUCUCCAGAAAAUGGGGACUACGAGCAACUUCCAGAUUGAGGAUUACAUUUGGGCUUCGAAAGCACUGUUUUUCCCGUAGAUAGAUGUAUAAUAUCUAUGUAUUCCGGAACUCAAUCAGCUAAUGCUGUUUAUAGUAUGCACCAUCCAUGAGAGGUUAUAUCCUCUGAGAAUCACAUGCUUGUGCAUUUUGUUUCAAUAUUUUCCUGCCUCCAUUUCUCAUGGCCUAAUUGCAUAUUGGGUGGAUGGCUAUUUUGUCGUUAGUCUAAGAUAAAUAAUUUAUUAGCUAUAUGCUAUCUUAUAUUUAAGCUCUUUUUUACCCAUAA